AUGGACGAGGAGGAAGACGCGCGGCCCAAGCAGGCCGUGGGCGGGUUCACCAGCUUCGAUCCCGCGGCGUUCGAGCGGGAGCGGGCACCGCAGGGCGCGAGCCUCGUGCGCACCCAUGCAGCCGAGCUCUUCAGCGACAGCUCGAGCGACGAAAGCGGCCCCGCCACCGAACGAGCGCACGCUCGUGGCGACGAGACCGCGCGCCGCGGUCGCAAAGGCGAAGAUACCAGAGACUCGGGCGGGACGAAGCACCACAAGCACCGCCGCCGAAGAUCGCGUUCCCGGAGCCCACGUGACCGCAAAAAGCUUCGCCGCAGCCCGGCGCGCGCAGCCCCCGCGCCCGGCGGCGGCGCGGCGCGCGUGGGCACAGGCGGCUACAUGGAUGUCGCGAGCGCGCUGCUGGGCGAGCGCAUGGGCACCGCGGGCCACCUGAUCGGCGCCACGGGCCCUGACGGCAAUGCACGGGAGGACCGAAACAAGGACCGGGAGGCCCUGUUCCACGGCCGGCCGCUCAACUCCGAGACGCCCGCGUUCUCCGCCUUGCGUGUACCGGCGCUGGGGUCCCCGGAAGCCGUGCCCGGGCAAAGAGCAGCCUUCGGGCCAGCGUUGACGUUUGGCCCGCUCGGGGGGCACCGGCCGCUCGUUUGGGGCGGGGAGGGCGACAGCGAGGUGAUGCCGGAGGGCGCGAGGCAGCGCAAGGGCACCGGGCGGUACUUCUGCUUCCGGUGCGUCCGUGCGUGGCACGGCGCUGCGGGCGCAGCGGAACCACGCCUGAUGCUCUGGGACCACCCGACGCGACGUGCGAACGUGCUGUGGGGGAUCGUUGGGACAUCGGCCGCCGCUGGGGACGACGUGGCGGCGAUGGUGUCCCCCGGGGGACUCUCAGUUUCCUCCAGUGACUCGACGCGGUACAAGUACGGGCCGCUGUCGCUCUCGAUGGUGUCAAGGGGGGGUGUAUCGGGCGCCGGAGGGGCGUGCGAUGCGUCGGACAAGCUCGAGCUGGUCGUGGAGGGCCGCGGGUGGCGCGGGCGGCGGCUGGCGGAGCAGCGGCGGCGAGCGCGUGCAGAGGAGGCGAGGCUUGCGAAGCUGAAGCAGGAGGGCUGGACGAUCGUCGUGGACGCGACGAGCUCGAAGCCCGCGGACGUGCCCGCUGGGGCCGGUCCGGCAGACGACGAGGAGAGGGACGAGACGACGUGGGCGGACGCUGUGCUAGCGCGCACGCGCACCCUCAACCAGCACCUCGCGCAGCACCCGGGUGACGAGUCCGCGUGGCUGCAACUCGCGAGCCUGCAGGAGCGCGCGGCGCGGGUCCUGCAGCCGCACGCGCGGGGCGUUGCUCGGCUGACGUCCGCGGAGCGCCGCGCGUCAGUGUUGCGGAAAGCCCUCGUCGCGCUGCCGCGCAGCGAGCGCCUCGCGAUCGAGCUCAUAUCGGCGCUCGAGGUGAUCGAGCCGUUCGCGGACGUCCGGGAGCGCUGGCGCGGGGCCCUGGGGGACUUUCCGGGCUCGUCUGACAUGCACGCAAAAUACCUCGCCUGGCUGCGCACGCGCGCGGGGAUCUCGGGCUUCGCGCUCGAGGACCACCGUGCGGAGAUGAUGGACCUUCUGGCGCGCGCGGCAGUGGCGCGGGACCGCGUGUGCGGCCCCGAGGUGCUGCGUGCUGCCGUCGCAGCAUGGGGCGAGUUGGCGGCGCCGCCGCGGGAGGUCCUCGCGAUCGAAGCGGUGAUGGCGGCGCUCGUGGCGGGUAUCGUGGCGCUGGACGUCGAGGCCGGGCACGACGAGCGCGCCCGCGCCACCGCGAGCGCCGUGGUGGACUAUUGUGCACUCCCCCCCAUGAUGCCCCCCCACGCGACGGAGGCCGACAAGCGCGCGCAGUUCCGGCGGUUCUUCCAGUCCGGAGCCCCACGCGCCGGAGACGCUGAUCGCAGCGGGUGGGGGGUCUGGGAGACUGCCCUGACGUCAGAGCAGGAAUAUCCUCCCCCUCCGCCGUUCCCGCCGCCCCCCCCGGCCGCGCCAGCGGCGGAGCAGGGCUGGAUGGACGUGAGCGACGUGGUCGAGAGGGUUGCGAAGGAGGUGGAGCGGAUACGGGGGGUGUCCGGGGUACAACAGGAGCCGGACAUCGCGCAGGGGGGGAGUGAAGGCGAGGGCGAGGAUGGCGAGCAGGGGGCAGGCGACGACGGCGAUGGUCUGUACGACAUGCUCGACGCAGCAGCGGACGAGCAGCUCCGCGCACAGCUCGAAGACGAAGCCGAGAGGGAAGCGGAGCGCCUCAACCGCGACGACCUGCUGCGCUGGCUGGAGCUCGAGGCGGAGAGGGGCGCGGGGGCGGCGGGGCGCGCGGACGACCUGGCGGACGUGCGUUACGAGGACGUUGCGGGCGUGCUGCACACAUUCGUGUCGCGGGAGCACGCCCGGCGGGCGGCGUCCCUCGCGAUGGCGGUGCUCGGCGCGCCUACGUGCGAUGCAACGGAGGGCGUGCCUUCGGUGGUUGCACGCGCGGCGAGCGGCGGUGCGCCGGCGGAGCCGCACGCAUGGGCGUCGUGCGGCGCGCGGCGCGCGUGGCUGGCCCGCGCGGUGCGGAUGCUCGCGAUUUCGGAACCAUCAAACCCCAUCUUGCAGCACGCACUUCUCUUGAGUAACCUCCCGGCGGCGGACGCGCCCGUAUGCGGCGUCCUCCGCGCGCGUGACGCUGUGCAACGGGGCGACGCGUUCGUCGGGGCCGCUGCGCCGCUGUGGGCGUGGAGCCUGGCCGAGAAGACCUGUCCAUUCGGGGCCAAGCGAAACGGCGGCGUGGCGCAAGCCUUGCUGGCAGAAGAGACGCUUGCGGGCGCGGCGGGGAUCUGGUGGGGCUGGGCGGCGGCGCAGGCGCGGUCCGGGCGCGCGGAUCGUGAGAAGCGUGCGCGGGCGUUGGACGUUGCGCUGUCCGUCGUGGAGCGAGCUGCGGCCGCGGCGGGGGAAGGCCCGGGCGCCGGCGUGGCGCGGUGGGACGCGGCGAUCGUGUGCAUGCAGGCCGCGAUGCUCGAGCUGAUCGAGACGCCAGCGAGCGAACGGCACUCGAGACACCAGGUCUUCGACAUCCUUUCCCGACUGGCGCGGUUCCCAGGCGUCGGCCGCGCGCCCGCGGACGCCGAGGCGCGCGCGACGGCAGCGGGCCUCCGGGCGUCCCUGGGCGCCGCGAUCGAGACGCUGCGCAGCCAGCCAGCGCACGCCAAGCACGCCGUCGGCGCCGCCUCCUGGAUCGCGCUCGCAGCGCUGCACGACGCUCUGACGGGCGACCACGGCCGCGCAGCGGCCACGAUACAGCACGCCGCGACGGCCACCGCACAGAGCGCGCCCGCGGCAACGCUGGCCCUGUGCCCGCGCGGCUGCCUGCCCGCGACGCCGCCAGCGAGUCCCGCGACAGGCGCGGAGCUUCUUCUUUCGCUCUGGACCGGUGCCGCGGCCUGCGUGUCCGGGAGCCCAGCGCCGCACGCGCGCAUCGCGGUGCUCCGCGCAGCCCAGGCCUUCCCGGACAACAGCCGCAUCGUGUCGUUGCUGCACGCGUGCGACGUGCCGCUGGCGGCGAUCGGCGCCGCUGUCGAUGCUGCGGCGGAGGACGCGCCGGACGGGCACGCGUCCGCGCGCGACGGCCUCCUCGGGCGCGCGCUCGCGGUCGCGGCUGCGCGGGAGCGUCGCGGGGCGCCGCGGGAGGUGCGGGCGUUGGAGCGCGCGGUGCGCGGGGUGGACGGCGGGGGCGACCCGGCGCUGUGGGCGGCGCUGGUGUGGGCGCAGGUGCGGCGCGGGGACGGCGAGGGUGCGAAGCGGGCGCUGAUGCGCGGGGUGAGCCGGUGUCCGUGGAGCAAGGCGCUGUGGAUGGAAGGUGUGCGCGCGGUGGUGGGGUCGGGGCGGGAGGGGGCGCGGGACGCGGGGCGGCUGAUCGCGCUGAUGCGACGCGUGGGGGUGAAGGUGCGGACGGACGAGCUGGAGGUCGUGCUGGAGCGGAUGGAGCGGGAGGAGCAGUUGGAGGGGGAGGAGGGGGGGGAGUGA